AUGUUCAAGUUAAAUUACAAGUUAUGUAAAGGAUUAAGAAAUGUAUACCACUUCACAGGUACACAGAAAUCUAGCCAUAUAAAACCCCAGUUCGUGGGAAUCCUUCCGUUCAGAAGUAAAGAAUUCGCAACAGGGAAAAAAAAUGCAGCCAGUAACAAAGCGAACGAGGUUAAGGACCAUGGACACGACCAUGAAGGGCACGCCAAGGGAUUGUACCAUCAUGUAGAGCACCAUCAUGGAAAUCCUCGAGACCAUCUAGAUCAAGACGGAGUAAGGAAACCAGAAUAUGAUUUUGACAGCUUUCACUGGGACGAUUACUGGUUACACACACCAAAACAAAACAUAGUAAUUGUGAAUGGGCAAAAAAUGAUUAAGGGAGAAGAAACGAAGCCGAUGGAGUACUUAUUUAAUGUUAGCCAAAAGAAUAUUCCUUUUUGGUCCAGAACAAGAUUAAAUGUGUGGGGAAACUACAAUAUGGUUUUAAAAGUUGAAUUUCUGUUUUUCUGGAUCCCAACGCUUAUCAUUUUUAGCAUUGCGAUUCCGUGUUUCACCAUGUUGUACAUGUUGGAUGAGAUUGUUCACACAACCAUGACAGUGAAGGUUAUAGGGCGACAAUGGUAUUGGAUUUAUGAAGUAGAAUCACCCCCGGAAGAGGACGAUGAUGAAUAA